AAAGCAGGGGGCCAUCUCUUGUCCCCUCAAUAAAACUCUGAAAAUUCUCCAUCUUCAUUUCUUCUCCACUAGCUCACCCAAAUUAAAAAAGAAGAAGCUUAAUUCUCUCUCUUCUCUUCUUUUUCCAACCAUGUCAAAGGAAUCCGGCAGCCAUGGCCAGCAGCAGCACCCGAGCCGCUACGAGUCCCAAAAGAGAAGAGAUUGGAACACCUUCUUGCAAUACCUCAAAAACCAGAGGCCUCCAAUCCCCAUAUCCCUCUCCAACUCCACCCACGUCAUCUCCUUCCUCCGCUACCUCGACCAGUUUGGCAAAACCAAGGUCCAUCUCCUUCCCUGCGUCUUCUUCGGCCAGCCCGACCCCCCCGCCCCCUGCGCCUGCCCCCUCAGGCAGGCCUGGGGCAGCCUCGAUGCUCUCAUCGGCCGCCUCAGGGCUGCCUUCGACGAGCACGCCUCCUCCCCCGAGAACAACCCUUUUGCCGACGCCGCGAUUAGGGUUUUCUUGAAGGAGGUCAAGGACUCCCAAGCCAAAGCUAGAGGGAUUCCUUACAAGAAGAAGAAGAAGAGGAGGAGAGUCGUUCACCAUCCUCUUAAGCUGCAUGAUGACAGCUUCAUCAACAAUUCUUCUUGAUUUCUCCUAUUAAGGCUAUAUAACCAAGAGCAAUAAAGGUUGCUGUAAUUAUUUAUCCUUUAAUUUUAUGGCUAGUUUAGCCUAGAUUAAUUAUAAGUCAAGAAUCUCUUUUUAUAUAUUUUGUAUUUUUACUUAUUUCAUUUUUGAAUUGCCUUGUAUCAAAAUUGGAUUCUGCUUGGUUGGAUUCCUUCGAGUUAAUGCAAUCAAGUUCUGAAUAACAAGCAA